UGGCCUGAUUCCAACGAGUAGUCCGAAAGAAUACGGGGAACCAUAUUUCUCGAGUGGCAUGAUGGAAGAAGGGAUAGGGGGUAGUGGCGGUCAUCUCCCGAUGGGAUUGAUGGACUGUCCCCAAGAACUACAAGGUAUUGAUCAACCAGCGAAGCAUCCGCCCAAUUUUUCGGCUGUUCCCUUGAGCGCUCUCUUUCCUACGCUAGCGCGCAAUAUGCCUCCUCCGCCGACAAUUACUGGAACCUCUUCGGUCUUCACGCCGCCUGCUGUUCGUCCGUACAAUUCAUCUGGUCGUACGAUUAAUAAGGUUGAUCUUUUGAGCCGCGCCCGAGAACGGCGCGCGCAGUUGGCGGACGAAAUUCUAAAAACUCGUACGCAGUUGUGGGAAACGACCAUCGAACAUGGGGUGUUGACUCGCCUUGCCAAACUCUACACGUAGUAUAAAGCCUUCUUUUUGUGACUGUAUCGUUCUUCAAAUGGCAAAUCGUUGAAGUCUGACGAUCACAGUAGCUCCGUGGACUCCCCUCACCAUAUUACACUAAUUUCAUAAUACAUGGAUAAACAAAAUCGCUGGACAUAGUCAGAUGGUAUGGCUCUGAAAGAGGUCAAUUGUGAUUGUUUUCCGCCGAGAAUACCAUAUCUUUGCUCUUGCAUCUCAUUUGAACGACUUUUGUGUGGGGAUUAAAUCUGAAUGACUGAAACGGAUGAAAAUCUUUCAAAACGAAGAGAUUGGUAGAUAAAUUGUUCA